CGUUAGCAACGCGUCGCGUUGCCAGGGCGGCCAUGGCGGAGGCGGACACGGAGGACGCGACCCGGCCGUGGCCGCCGCCCGCGGGCACCUACGCGGAGGAGCGGGGGCUCUUCCAGCUCCUGCAGAACAUGCUUGAAGAGCUAUUAAUUCAUAAGCCAGAUGAUCCCAUUGAGUUCAUGAUAAACCACUUAAAGCAAAACAAUGAUGAUGCUCCAAGAAUUUGUGUCCUUGGUCCUCCUGCUUCUGGGAAAACUACAGUUGCAAUGUGGCUUUGUAAACAUUUCAAUGCCAUACGUGUCUCUCAGGAGACUUUGUUAUUCAAGGAAGUAUUAAGGCAGACAGAGGAAGCAAAGGCAUAUAAAGAAAGAAACCAGAAAAUUCCCAACGCGCUUUGGGCCAAUCUGAUCCAGGAACGUCUGUCAAACGUGGACUGCAUCAAACAAGGAUGGAUUUUGGAAGGCUUCCCUGAAAACCAGGAGCAGGCAUGGAUGCUGCAAUCAUCUGGCAUUUUUCCUAGGCAUGUUGUUAUGCUCUAUGCCCCAGACACUGUGCUGAUAGAGAGGAGUGGUGGGAAAAGGCUUGAUCCCCUCACACAAGAGGUUUUCCACACAACCUUUGACUGGCCAAGUGACCCCCUGGUGCAGGAGAGGUUGGUGAAACCAGAAGAUCUCUCUGAGCAGGAGGUGUCCAAGAAGCUGCUGGAAUAUCACAGAAACUUCCCUGAGAUUUUCCACAUCUACCAGAAGGUUCUGAAAUCCAUCAAUGCAGACCAGCCCUCGGUGGAUGUUCUCUCACAGGUCCUUGCCUUUGUCCAAAGCCGGCACCGAUCUGCUGCCCCCUUCACUCCCCGGAUCCUCUUCCUUGGCCCCCCAGGCAGUGGGAAGAGCCUGCAGGCAGCACUGAUAGCUCAGAAAUACGAUGUUGUCAACAUUUGCUGUGGGCAACUGCUAAAGGAAGCUGUUGCAGACAACACAAAACUUGGAGAACUCGUUAAGCCUUACAUUGACAGUGGAUGCCCAGUGCCAGACAACCUUGUCCUGAGGCUGCUGACGGAACGCCUGAGCGCCCUGGACUGCCUGAGCCAUGGCUGGGUGCUCUCUGGCUUCCCCAGGGAUGUGGAGCAGGGGCUGCAGCUGCAGAAAGCACGGAUUAACCCCAACAGGGUGUUCUUCUUUAAUCUGCCCUACGAGUCCAUCAUGGAGCGCCUGUCCCAGAGGAGGACUGAUCCUGUCACUGGGGAGAGGUACCACACCACAUUCAGACCAGCUCCCACUCCAGAGAUCCAGGCCAGGCUCAGGCAGAACCCCAAGGAUGAGGAAGAAAAUAUUGAGAAGCGCCUGAACAUCUACUACAGCAAUGUCAAGGCCCUGGAGGAUUUUUACCAAGAUGCCUUUUAUGUCAAUGCUGACCAAGACCCUUAUGUUAUCUUUGAGUUCAUAGAAAGCUGUAUCAUUAAGCCCCUUCCAUGUAAAAAACAUUAGAAGUUUAUAAUUUAAAGGGAUGGUUUGGGGAAGAGUUAUAUUUUAAAUUUCUCCCUGUAAUAUUUGCAGUCUGAAGUGGCAGGUUAUGAGCAGGGAGGGGGAAUUCAGCCAAGCUGUGCUAAAUCUGAAGCUCACCAAGGCUGAGUGAAGAACAGAGGGUAAGAAAUUGGGCUUUAGAGGAAAGUUUUUUGGCUUUUGUUUCAUGAUGCAAGAUAUGAAACACUGUGGCUGAGCAAGUCCUGGGUUUAAUUCAAAUAUUUUUUCUGUUUCUGAGUGGUAGUUUUGUCUGCACUGUGUAAGACCCAUCAAGCCAAUUUGGAGUAUUAAA